AAUCCAGUUCAAAAGUUGACACAUGAUCUAACAUGCUUUUCCUCUAACUUACUCUCUAGAAAAUUGAAAGUUGAAGAGAAAGUUCAAAAGAAGAAAACAAACUGAAAUGUCCAAAGGCUCUUCUUCUUUUUUGGUCUAAAUUUUUCUGUUAAGUUUUAGAAAUGUCUGUUGAUUCAAGUUCAGGUGAUCAUAGUAGUAACAUAAGAGGAGUUCCAACGCAUGGGGGUCGAUAUGUGCAGUAUAAUGUGCAUGGUAGUCUUUUUGAAGUUUCAAGAAAAUAUGUUCCUCCUAUUAGACCUAUUGGUCGUGGUGCUAAUGGCAUGGUUUGUGCUGCUAUGAACUCGGAGACACGUGAGGAAGUAGCAAUUAAGAAGAUUGGAAAUGCAUUUGAUAAUGUAAUAGAUGCAAAAAGGACAUUAAGAGAGAUAAAGCUUCUCAGUCACAUGGAUCAUGAGAAUGUAAUUGCAAUUAAAGAUGUUAUAAGGCCUCCUCAAAAAAAGAAUUUCAAUGAUGUGUACAUUGUUUAUGAGCUGAUGGACACUGAUCUUCAUCAGAUUAUUCAUUCCAACCAACAGUUAACUGAUGAACACUGCCGACAUUUUCUGUACCAAGUAUUGCGAGGACUUAAGUACAUUCACUCUGCCAACAUCUUGCAUCGUGAUUUAAAACCCAGCAAUUUGCUAGUCAAUGCAAAAUGUGACCUAAAGAUUGGAGAUUUUGGGCUUGCAAGGACGACAACUGAGACAGAUUUCAUGAUGGAAUACUGUGUGACACGUUGGUAUCGUGCACCAGAGUUGCUACUUAAUUGUUCAGAGUAUACAUCGGCAAUUGAUGUUUGGUCAGUAGGCUGCAUACUUGGUGAAAUAUUGACGAGACAACCCCUUUUCCCUGGCAGAGAUUAUGUACACCAGUUGAGACUUAUCACUGAGCUCAUAGGCUCACCUGAUGAUGCUAGUCUCGGGUUUCUCCGUAGUAAUAAUGCCCGAAGAUACGUUAGGCAGCUCCCAAGGUACCCGAGGCAACAAUUUUCUGCCAGAUUCCCGAAUUCAUCUCCCCGAGCUGUUGAUUUGCUUGAAAAAAUGCUCAUCUUUGAUCCGAGCAGGCGUAUUACUGUUGAUGAAGCUCUCUCCCAUCCGUACUUGGCACCGCUUCAUGAUAUCAACGAGGAGCCUGUUUGUCCUAGGCCUUUCAGUUUGGACUUUGAGCAGCCAUCUUUCACUGAAGAUAAUAUCAAGGAGCUCAUAUGGAGGGAAGCCGUAAAAUUUAAUCCUGAUCCAACUCAUUGAAAGAGAUGUGGUUAUAUGAUGUAUACAAUAAGAAUUUGGUUAUUUAACUUCUCUAAUAUACUGUAUUAGACUUGUAAUGUUACCUAGUGAUGAUGACUGAAUAAAUAUGGUGGAGCUGUUGGGUUCAAGAAAUUGUUAGUGACUUAAGUCAGAUACUUAUUCCCUUAUUAUGUUCUGGUUUAUCGGUGUUGUAUAAGGAAGCUAAAUGGUAGCCUGCAAUUAGAUGUUU